AAGCCCUAUCUGCUAAAGGAAAAGUGGGAGAGCCCUAACAGGCUUAAGAGGUGGAGCCUGCAUAAUGUACCCAGGGGUUUUCUCUGUGAGGAGUGGAUUUCAAGGGGAUUCCCCAGCUGCCCCUCUCCAGAGGUGUUUGCUCAGUGGUAAAAGUAGCAGCUGCCUCCUUCUGCUCACACAGCUCCUCCUACAAAGAGCAAACUUUCGCUCCUCUUCAAGUCAAGCCAGCAGCCAGCCAUGCCUUCAGUAUACUACACCCAGCUUGUCAUCCUAAGCAAUGUUUGGUGUUUGAUUCAUGCGGCUCCCCUGGCAUUUUCAGAGAUUGUGGUGACAUGUGGUGAAGAAGCACUGCUGCCCUGUCAAGCUCCUCAGGAUCCCCAAGUCACCUACAAGGCUGUGUCCUGGCAGAAAGUUGCUGAAAAUUGUGAGGAGCUGACAGAAAUGGUGCAGGACAAUUGCAUGCAUGAAGUGAAAUAUUAUGAUCUCAUGCAUCUUAAUGAAUCCUUGGAGAUCUCCAAUUAUUCCUUGAGGAUCAAAAACACUACCAGUCACAAUAGUGGAAUAUAUAAGUGUACUUUGUGGGAAUCGACUGGAAAGCACAAUGAAAGUGGCACAGUCCCAUUAAAAAUAACAGAUUGCCCAGAAGAUGAAAAAUUUAAGAAAUACAAAACAGAACUUUUAUUGCUGACCUGCCUUGGGAUUUUUUACUUACUGCUCAUAUUUUUUACCUGCAAAUGCCUAAGAAAAGAAAGCAUGUUUUCAGAUUAUCAGAAAGGAAGAAGAGUAAAGAAACAUACGCUUACCCUUGUCAGCGCACGAGAAAUGAUGACUUUCCAGCAUUUAGACAGCAGCAACACUGGCAAAAAUGGACUUAAUUGGAAUUCUGUCUAAGUUGAUGUUGUUAAGACACCGUGGGUUCAUCAAUAAACAUGACAUGAAGAUGGAUGGUUGGGCAAUGUGGAGAGAGAACAAAAGCUAACACAUUGCCUCUUCAGGAAAGCCUUGUCUGGGUGAUCUGUCAGCUAUCUGCUUGCGCUGGACAAGUCUUCGAAGAGCAUUUUCAUACACUACAAUAAUUCUUGAAUUUAACAUGACUAACAAAUACCACUGCAGCUAUACAACUAUCUGGAAAGGCAACUAUGUUAGCACAUACUCUUUCUUCAAUCCAUCAAAAGCUGUCUUGGUUGGAGUGAGGUGGCUAUUCUUACCACAUGAAGACUAUACUAUAGCAAGAAUGUGGCAGCUUAUAUUUGAGGGAUAGAGUUAUUUACUGAACUAAUACCUCUGCUCUUUCAAAAUAACACACAACAGUUGCUGCUCUAUUUUCAGAGAAUGAAACAGGUAGGACUUUUUCUACUCUGGACACCCAGUUAUGAUUCUUGAUGGAAAUAACUCUGCAUAACAUCGUCCUACCCUUUCACCAGAUCAGACCAGGUGUUUCUUAAAUCUCCAAGGGACCCCUGAAAAAAUGUCAGAAAACAACCUGAAAAUAUUUGCUUAGUGUGCAGACUCUCCUAUGCUAAAAAUGAGACUAUGCUAAAAAUGGAACUAAAAAGUACCUUUAAUUCAGAAACUGUUCAUAUAAAACACUGGUACAUAGUAGUUGUUCUUUUUUCUCCCCCCAAAAAACCCAAUCAGUGAAGCAUCAUGUGAAAGUCAAAGAAACUUAAAAAUGGAUGGUUUCAUAAAAUGAAUAAAAUCAAAAUUUAUCCUUGGUUUAAAUCAAUGGAAUGAUGCCAAUGGUGCAUAGAGCCUAUGGCAUGCAAAAUCAGCCGUCUGGUUCCUUGGAAUAUACUGAGUUGGCAAUGAGAUCUUAGAUGAGCUGGAACAAUUGGGCUUCAUGAUAUUCAUGGUACAUGCUGUGUAUGAGAAAUAAGGAUACUAGAAAAGCUAACUGUAGGUACCUGUUCCAAGAGAAGGAACACUUGUCAUGUUUAACCACAGACAACAAGAAAAAUUGCAAGGGUUUUAGAAGUACUGGAGCUGUUUGUGCAUAAGGAAAAGGUCUGUGGAAUGAGUGACACAUCACGGAAGAUGUGCAAUCACAACUGAAAUAAUUAAAAACAUUUUGUAAGAAGCCAAAUGGACUCAUUGAAGAGAGAAAUUGAUGCAGCAUGCUUUUUUUUGUUUGGGAUUUUUUCCCAGGGGGUUGGUUUUGUUUUGUCUUGUAAUUCUAGACUGUUUAAAGACAGAGAUGUUUUAUCUGUAUAUGAAGGGUUACUGGGAGGAAAACAUAGUAGGCACUCAUCAGUGCCCCCUUUCAGCUGAUUAAAGAUUUGAGCUGAGUUAAUUGGAAGAGAUUCCUCUUCAGUUGGUGAUUGGAAGGACGGUCAGGUUGAAUAUAGUAUUUAUUUGGUACAUUUGGUUUUUUAUAAUUGUUUUUUACCCACAAAAGCUUGUACCGUAUGUCAAAUAAAAAAAUCAGAGUUAAUUACCA